GACUGAUAAAUGGAUCACAGCGUCGUGUAUGCACGGAAAGAUAUGCAAAACCAGAAAACAAAAAUGGAGGCCGACGCAAAAUGCGCGAAUUCUCCGUGCACCGCUGCGGCAGCGGUAGACAGCGGCCUGGUGAUAUUAGCCACCGAUGUAAUCCAUUCAUUUCUCGCCGCAUCUACCCAGGACGCUAACCUAUCUCAGGACUUGAGAGACCUCGCCGCCUCACUCUCUCAGCGAGCCUCCGUGCCCUACAGAGCUCUGCGUUCCAUCUGGAUUGGAUCGAACCCGUCGAGAAGACCUCAACUUGUUUCUCUUCUGUGCGGAUCCGGAUUCGCGUUCUCAAGCCCCAAGCCCAGAGAGAAGAGUGAGGAAUUGAAGGCUCGCCUCAGGAAACUGGCGGAGGCAUCCGAGAGGAAAGCCUAUGAGGAAUUGGUGAAGGACAUAACCCCCAAGAAGAAAGUUGAAGAGCCUUUCUCUUCUUACAAGGAUCAAUUAGGCUUUGGCAUGCACGUUGUUCUUAUGAUGUUCACUGGCUUUUUGGUGGGAUAUGCUGCAUUCAGGGCUUUAUUUAGUCACAGUCCUGCGAUGAGUGCUGCUGGUGGCAUCCUUGGACUGGUUAUUGGCAUGCUUGUAGAAACACUUCUUUUCAUAGUUAGAACUACUAGUCUAGAUCGAAGAUCCACUUCUUUUGUUUCUAAGGCAAAAAAGAAUCAGUAAACUUCACCGUGAGAGGUUGGUUCUUUCUACUUUUUUUGCUCUACCAUAUGGAGCACUUGUUAUUUUCUGUACUGUAAAAUAUGCUUACAUGUUUGUUAAUGAUGAUAGAUUCAACUUAUUAGCCAUAACCUAUGAGGCUCUUCGCUUGAAAAGAGGUUAUGAUUUGCAAAGUUUAUGGUAUUUACAGAGGGAAACACCUUUAAUCAGGAGGAAAGAACCCCUCUUCUUGUCUAAUAAUAAGAAGAAAGGAUUUCAAUUGUUGAUGCUA